AUGUCAGUUGAACCUGUAUUCGUAAUAUCUGAGCAAUAUACUGAAAAACAUGGAGAAGAAUUACGAUCAUUUUACAAAGUACAAAAUGCUUGUGUUCAACUAAAAGAAGCCAUCAAGAUAAUAUAUGCAAACGCCAAACCCAAUGAAGAACUUGUAGAGUUAUUCACCAACGGGAAUGAAUUAGAACAAGCUAUUGCAAAGAGUCCAGCAAUGUCCAUCGCAAGCUAUUUGUAUUCUGUUCAACCAUCAUUCGAUGUCGAGAGUAUAUUUGAACACUAUGCGUUUCAUGAAGACUCUACACCAGUUGAUCAAUUCAUAAAAUAUCCAGUUGUUUCAGAUGCGUCUUUAGAGAAUUUAGCUUUUAUCCAUAGAAGUCUUCCUAAUAUGAAUGUCAAUUUGACAGAAUCACAAAGAACAAUGAUGAGUAAUGAACGUUUAGAGUUUUUAGGUGAUAGUUGGCUAGGUGCAUUAGUUGCAUAUUCACUUUACAAAAAAUACCCAUUUGCCAAUGAAGGUGCUUUGUCUAAGAUGAAACAAGCAAUUGUCAAUAAUGAUAACUUGGAAAAAAUUAGUAAGAAGCUAGGGUUUCCUGAAAAGCUAAGAGGCAAUAUUCCACAUACCAGCCUAAGGAAAAAAGAUAAGAAAUCGAAGUUAUAUGCAGACUGUGUUGAGGCUUACAUUGGGGCUUUGGUAGUUGAUCGUUAUUCCGCUGAAUUCAAAGAGGUCUCUCAAUGGCUAGAAGAUUUAUCAGAAGAUAUCUUUGAGGAGAUGGGUGAUUCCUUAACGAGAGAUCCAUUGAACAAAAAUUCUAAAGGUGAGUUAGCAGAGAUCUUACAGUUUAACAAGUUAGGUAAAAAAGUUGAGUAUAAGACACUAAAUAAGAAAUCACCGUUUAGAGUAGAAGUUAGACUAGGUAAUAUUGUUUUAGGUGUCGGUGUAGGCGACAAUAUAAAAGAAGCAGAACAAAGAUCAGCCAUGUUUGCAUUGGAAAAUCCUAAAGAAUUAGAAAAAUACACCGCAUCUCCGAUUGAAAGCACUUCAAAAGUAAACAACGACCUCGAAUACUCUCCGGCAUAUGAUGAUGACGAAAGUACUUUAGCUUUGAAUCCUGCUGUGGAUUCACCAUCCGAAGCUUCUGAUGCAAUGAGUUCAACAUCUGCUCUAGUGGAAUCUGUAGUGAAGGAGGUAGGCGAUUCGGGAAAUGUAGCUGUGCUUAUUGAUACCUUAAUGAAUCGCAUGAGCAACGUGGUUGAACAAAUGGUUUCCAGUACGGUUUCGAAUAUACUUGAAAAAAAGGGCGAUGUUUCUGUAUUAACACCUGAAUUGAAAGCAAAUUCAACGAUGGGCGAAGUUGAAGCUAAGAAUAUAAAACGGACUCGUAAAGAAACUACUAACAAUACUCAAAAUAUGGAACGGAUUGCUAAGAUGGAUAGUAUCAAGAAGAAAGUACCUCCUAUAUCAUAUGAUGAACCUGACCCAAAUAUUAUUAUUAUUAAUAGUGAAAGUGAGGAUGCGAGUGAGAGUUCUUUUGAUGACAGAAGACAGAAACGGGUACAAACAAGAAAUGAUUUGCCAAAUGAAGCUUUCAUAAAUGUGGAUUCGAAUGGUAUUUAUAAAAGUUCGACUAAUUUGAAGGCAUUACAAGAUUUUAAUGCCCUCGCUGCUGCUUAUGAUGCUAAAGGUAAGAAAGGUAGGAAAAACAAAGGUGGUCAGCAAGACGGUAACCUUGUUGGUGGAUUUGAUCCCGCUAAGGAUAGCAACAAUCGUCCCGGAGAACGUAAAGGAAGACUUGCUUUUGGUUCAAGAAUUAAUAACAAUCCUGGUAACUUGGAGGGAAGGUUAGGUUCUAGUAAAAAAGCAAAUACCAAUAACCGUCCAGGUAAAUCAGCUGGCGGUAGGUCUGUUCCAGGUAUGAGUGGUAGUAUUAACAAAACUCUUGGUUUAAAAGCUGGGCUCGAUCCAAGCAAAGACAGUAACAAUCGCGGUGGUGAGAAAGUCCCCAGUAGUAAUAAUAGUACACGUUACGAUAAAGAAGCUUCUGAAAAAUUGUAUGCAUUACUGGGGAAGUCUAAUAUGUGUCCAGAAUAUGAAACAACAAAUGAAGGUGAUGGAUUUUAUACUGUAUGUCGCAUUAAGGGAAUGGGUAUAACAAUCGGUGAAGGUUCGGGUAGAAGUAAAAAAAUAUCUCAACACAUUGCAGCAGGAAAUGCUCUUCGAAACAAAGAAGUUAAAAAAUUAUUGUCAAGAUAA